AAAAAUCAGUAUUUUUUAAAAUAUAUAUAUAUAUAUAUAAAUAUUUAAUAUGUAUGUAUGUAUAUAUACGCAUAAAUAAAUUAAUAAGAAAGAAAAAACGAAAAAAUUGAGUGGCUAAAUAAAAUAAAUUUUAUAAAAUAAUAUAAAAAUAAAAUAUACCUACAUACAUUUGUACAAACAUAUGUGUAUGCACAUUAUGCUAAUAUAGCAAAAAAAUUUAUAAAAUAAAAAAUAUAUAAACGAAAUAUAUAGAUGAUUUCCUUUUGAAAAAAAAAAAUUAAAAUAAGAAGAAGAAAAAAAUCGAUUAUGCUUGGGGAGCAUAAUAUGAAAAUUGGUAUAGAAAAAUUAAAAAAAAAAAUGUUUGCCUCUUGUUAUGCCUAGCUACUAAGUAUAUAUUUAAUAAGGUAUUAUUACAUGCAUACAUACAUACAUAUAUGUAUAGUAAAUUCAGUAGUGGAAUUAAAAAUUUUUGUUUUUAUUUUAUUUAUUUUUUGUAUUUUUUUUUUAUGUAUAUUGUAGCCUCCUCAGUUUUGGAUGUCAUUUGAAAAUAUCUACAUAAUAUAAAUUUAUAAUAAAAGUAUUAUAUUAAUAAGAUCUAACUACAAUUUUUCAUAUAUUAAGAAAUUAUAGAACUUAAAUAAAAGGAAAAUUGGAAUCAACUAGAUACUCAACUACCUACCUACCUACCAAUCUAUACCUACUACUUUUAUGUAAAUGUAUAUUUGUUUAAAAUAUGUUCUAUUUGUGAAGUUACCUAUGAAAUUUACCCUUUAAAAAGGUAUUGCUAUAAAAAAUGGUAGUUGAAUUUUAAAUAUGUUAAUUAUUUAAUAAAAUUUACUUUAAGAAAAAUUUAAAAUAAAUUCUAUGUAAUAUUUAAAUAUUAAUCAAUUUAAAAUAAAAAAUUAUAAGAAAUUAAUAAGUAAGUGAAUGGAAUAGAAAACAAAAAAGGAAAACAGGAAAUAGAUUUAUAUUCUUGUUUUUCAUCACUUAUCAUUAUUAUUAAUUAAUUAAUUAAAAAAAAAGUGUGUUUUUCCUAUUAAAUUAUAAAAGCUAAUCCACAACAAAAGAAAAACAAAGUAAAAUAAAUAAAAGAAACAGAAAAAAAAAUAAAAAGAAUUGUUUAAAAAUUUUAAAAAAUUUAUUACUCUUAGUCAAAAUAAAAAUACGCAAAAAUGUCUACAGAUAAAAUUAAAGUAGCUGUAAGGGUGCGACCCUUUAAUCGCAGAGAACUUGAACUUGGAACACAAUGUGUCGUCGAAAUGGAAAGUCAACAGACCGUAUUACACAAUCCAAUGUCAUUAGACAAAAUGGAUCGGAAACAACCAAAGACAUUUGCAUUUGAUCAUUGCUUUUAUUCAAUUGAUCCGGAUGCAUCAAUAUUUGCAUCUCAAGAAGUUGUAUUUAAUUCAGUUGGUCGUGAUAUUUUAGAAAAUGCAUUCCAAGGUUAUAAUGCUUGUAUAUUUGCAUACGGGCAAACAGGUUCUGGAAAAUCAUAUACAAUGAUGGGUUCACAGGAUCAAAAGGGUAUAAUACCAAGAUUAUGUGAUGAACUUUUUGCCCAUAUAGCUGAUAAAACAACAAAUGAUCUUAUAUAUAAAGUAGAAGUAUCAUAUAUGGAAAUAUAUAAUGAAAAAGUACACGAUUUAUUGGAUCCAAAACCAAAUAAACAAUCAUUAAAAGUAAGAGAGCACAAUGUAUUAGGACCAUAUGUUGAUGGAUUAUCACAGUUAGCAGUAACAUCAUUUAAGGAUAUCGAUAAUCUUAUGACAGAAGGUAAUAAAUCAAGGACAGUUGCAGCAACAAAUAUGAAUGCUGAAUCAUCAAGAUCACAUGCUGUUUUCUCUGUAGUCUUAACACAAACAUUAAUUGAUGCUCAGUCUGGUGUAACAGGUGAAAAAGUAUCCCGUAUGUCACUGGUUGAUUUAGCGGGUAGUGAAAGAGCUGUAAAAACUGGAGCUGUUGGUGAUCGUCUUAAAGAAGGUUCUAACAUAAAUAAGUCAUUAACAACACUUGGUAUUGUGAUAUCAAAAUUAGCUGAUCAAUCUAGUGGAAAAAAUCGUAACGAUAAAUUUGUACCAUAUCGUGAUUCAGUUUUAACAUGGCUAUUAAAAGAUAAUCUUGGUGGUAAUUCAAAAACAGUUAUGGUUGCAACUAUAAGUCCAGCUGCUGAUAAUUAUGAAGAAACAUUAUCAACGUUACGGUAUGCUGAUCGUGCUAAACGUAUUGUUAAUCAUGCCGUUGUUAAUGAAGAUCCAAAUGCUAGAAUUAUAAGAGAAUUAAGAUUAGAAGUUGAACAAUUAAAGAAUAUGCUAAAACAUGCAACGGGUUCACCAGUUGGUGAUCGAGUUGAUAUACAUGAUAAACUUGCCGAGAAUGAAAAUUUAAUGAAAAUAAUGUCACAAACAUGGGAAGAAAAAUUAGUUAAAACUGAACGAAUACAAAAUGAAAGACAACAGGCACUUGAAAAAAUGGGUAUUAGUGUACAAGCUAGUGGUAUUAUGGUCGAGAAAAAUAAAUAUUAUUUAGUCAAUUUAAAUGCUGAUCCGUCCUUAAAUGAAUUGUUGGUUUAUUAUUUAAAGGAACGCACAUUAGUUGGUGGUCGUAGUAUUAAUGGCCAACAACAAGAUAUACAAUUAUCCGGCCUUGGUAUACAACCAGAACAUUGUAUAAUAACAAUUGAAGAUGGUGGUUUAUUUAUGGAACCAAUACAGAAUGCACGUUGUUUUGUUAAUGGUUCACCAGUUAUACAUAAAAUACCAUUACAUCAUGGUGAUCGUAUAUUAUGGGGUAAUCAUCAUUUUUUUAGAGUUAAUUGCCCAAAAAGUGCCAAUAAUAUGAAUAAUAUGAGUUCUGAACCGCAAACACCAGCUCAACAAAUUGAUUAUAAUUUUGCCAGAGAUGAAAUAAUGCAAAAUGAAUUGAGUAAUGAUCCAAUACAAACAGCAAUUGCUGCUUUAGAACGACAACAUGAAGAAGAUAAACAAGUUGCAUUAGAAAAACAAAGACAAGAAUAUGAGAGACAAUUUCAGCAAUUACGUAAUAUAUUAUCACCAAGUACACCAUAUCCACCAUAUGCUCCAUAUGAUCCAUUACGUUUAGGUAAAAUAACACCAUGUACACCAACAUCACAAAUGCGUGUUGAAAAAUGGGCACAGGAAAGAGAUGAAAUGUUUAAAAGAUCAUUGGGUCAACUAAAAACAGAUAUAAUGCGUGCAAAUGCUCUUGUACAAGAGGCAAAUUUCUUAGCUGAAGAAAUGGAAAAGAAAACCAAAUUUAGUGUUACUUUACAAAUACCACCGGCUAAUUUGAGUCCAAAUAGAAGGCGUGGAGCAUUUGUUAGUGAACCAGCAAUUCUAGUCAAACGUAUUAAUUCAGGAAGUCAAAUUUGGACAAUGGAAAAAUUAGAAAAUAAAUUAAUUGAUAUGAGAGAAAUGUAUCAGGAACAUAAAGAAGGUGUUUUGCCAAUAAUUGAACCGGAAAUUGAUGAUGAUGACGAUGAGGAUCCUGAAAAAGAGAAAACAUUGGACCCAUUUUAUGAAUCACAAGAAAAUCAUAAUUUAAUUGGUGUUGCUAACAUAUUCUUAGAAGUUUUAUUUCAUGAUGUUAAAUUGGAUUAUCAUACACCAAUUAUAAGUCAACAGGGUGAAGUUGCUGGUCGACUCCAAAUUGAAAUUUCACGUACUGCUGGUCAAUUACCUCAAGAUAGAAUGUGUGAAUCAGCUUCAACAAAUAGCUCAGAUGAUUCAAGAGAUGAUGAUUACGUGAAUGAUCCAAGUCAAAAUCAAAUAACAUGUCGAGUAACAAUUAAACAAGCUUCUGGUUUACCAUUAUCAUUAUCAAAUUAUGUAUUUUGUAAAUAUACAUUUUGGGGACAUCAAGAAUGUGUUGUACCAGUUACGAAUGCAGAAGUUCCAAAUCUUGAUCAAAAUAGAACAUUCAAUUUUGAGCAUACCAAAGAUUAUACAGUAUCAAUUAGUGAAGAAUUUUUAGAGCAUUGUGCAGAAGGUGCUUUAUCAAUUGAAGUAUGGGGACAUAGAUCGGCUGGUUUUUCAAAAACAAAAGGUUGGGAUGUUGAACAACAACAAGCAAAAGCUAGAAGUUUAAUUGAUCGAUGGGCUGAACUAUCAAGAAAAAUUGAACUUUGGGUAGAAAUUCAUGAAUUAAAUGAUAAUGGUGAAUAUGCUCCUGUUGAAGUAACAAAUCGUACUGAUGUUUUAACUGGUGGAAUAUAUCAAUUGAGACAAGGACAACAGCGGCGUAUUCAUGUUCGUGUAAAACCUGUACAAAAUUCUGGAACAUUACCAAUUAUUGUUAAUUCAAUAAUAAAUAUUGCUGUUGGUAGUGUUUCAGUUCGUUCAAGAUUACAGAAACCAUUAGAUUCAUAUCAAGAAGAAGAUUUAGCAGUUCUAAGGGAUAAAUGGAGUGAAGCAUUAGUUAAACGCCGUCAAUAUUUAGAUCAACAAAUACAAAAAGUAAUUAAUAAGGAAGAAAAAACUGAAGAAGAAAAAGAACGUGAAUUAAGUUUAGUUCACCAAUGGGUAUCAUUAACUGAAGAACGCAAUGCUGUAUAUGUACCAGCAACAGGUUCUGGUAUACCUGGUGCACCAGCAUCAUGGGAUCCACCACAAGGAAUGGAACCACAUGUUCCUGUUUUAUUUUUAGAUUUAAAUGCUGAUGAUCUCUCAGCUCAAAAUACAAAUGAUGAUUUCUCUGUUGCUGGUUUAAAUUCAAUUUUGCCAAAAGAACAUGGAAAUAAAUUUUAUACAUUACAUAUAUUACAACAUUUAGAUAAAGAUGUAUGUGCUAUUGCUAGUUGGGAUUCUUCAAUGCAUGAUAAUUUAGCAUUAAAUCGUGUUACUGAAGCAACUGAAAGAGUUUAUUUAAUAUUGAAAACAACUGUUAGAUUAUCGCAUCCUGCCACAAUGGAUUUGGUAUUACGUAAACGUUUAAGUUUAAAUAUAUAUAAACGACAAAGUAUUACCGAACGUUUAAAGAAAUUUCGUCUUGUACGUACUGAAAAUGCUAUUUAUCAAACUGGUGUUAGAUAUGAAGUUGUUUCAAAUAUACCAAAAGCAUCUGAAGAAUUAGAAGAUCGUGAAUCAUUAGCACAAUUAGCAGCAAGCGGUGAUGAAUGUUCAGCAAGUGAUGGUGAAACCUAUAUUGAAAAAUAUACAAAAGGUGUAUCAGCAGUUGAAAGUAUAUUAACAUUGGAUCGUUUACGUCAAAGUGUUGCCAUUAAAGAAUUAGAACAAACUCAAGGUCAACCAUUAUCAAUUUCAAUGAGGAAAACAGUCAGUGUACCAAAUUUCUCACAAGCGGUUAAAGAUACAACCAGCACUAAUAGUAUAAUGAGAUUUGAUGCUUCCAUGGAAUCAUUACUUACUGUUGGAAGAUCUGAAUCAUUUGCCGAUUUAAAUAAUUCAGAAUUCAAUUUGAGUCGAUCCAUUAUUGGUCCACAAUUUUUGAAUCAAGCUAGUCAAUCUAGCGGUAGAACACGUCACAGUUUUGCCGGUAAAGGUGCAAAUGAUGAAUCACCAGUUGGAAAAUCAUUUGGAAUCGGCUCUAUACUGUCAGCUCGGCCAACAUUCUUAAAUCUCAGUUUGAAUUUGAAUUCACUGAGAAAUCCACCAACAACAAAACCAUCACCUGCAAGCAGUAAACUUGUUGGAAUGAGAAUGACUACAUUGCAUGAAGAACCGAUGGGACAUCGAUCAUUAACUGAAGAGCCAGAAGAUAGCUAUAGUGACCCAGAAUACGCUGAAUUUGAAUAUGAAAAAACAGCCCAAAUUGCUAGAAAUAAAUAUAGAAUGUCUGGCUCAAAAACAAUGGAUUCCUUAAUGGAUAUUUCAAAAUUAUCAAAUACAAAUACCAUGAAUUACCCUUCGGCUGCAACGAAUUCUGCUUUAAAACAUGUUACGAAUGUCGCUGGCAUGGGUACACCAAGUAUGAAUUCUUCUACAUCAAGUGGUUACGGAUCUCAGGCGGUAUCUUGUAGUAAUUUAACAAAUGACGACACUUUAUCAACAAGGUCAAUGAGUGUAGAUGAAACUGCUUCAUCAACAGGUAAUGCUAAUGUUAUAUCGUCAUCCAGUGGAGGUGAACAACCAAAUUCUUCAACGACUCCAUUAUAUACACCAAAUAGUCGGCAGAAACGUUUUAAUCCAUUCAUGAAAGAAUUACCUAGCUGUGAUAAGGCUGAUACUAUGACAACAGAAACAUUCCAUUCACCACUCAUGAAAAAAUCACCAAUUACACCCUUAACUCCAACAAAAUCACACCCUCUUGAGGAUUUAGCUAAUCCAAGCAACGAAAGUGAGCAUUCCGAUGAGAAAGAUGAAAUACAUUCCAAAUUGUCUGAGAAAAAGGAAGAGAAAGACAAUAUGAAUAAUGAUAAAAUGAGUGAAACAAACAACGAUAAAAAAAUGAAUGAAUACAAUAUUAUGGAAACAUCAACAACAAUUGAAGAUGACGAAAACAAGAAUAAUAUUCAAUUGAAUGAAACACAUAAUAAUAUAAUUGGCAAAACAAUAGAACCUAUAUAUUAUCAAGAAAAUCAAGAAAAACCACAUCAAAAUCAUAUUUAUCAUGAGAUGGACGCAAAUCAUAAUGAAAAUGAAAUUAUUAGCAAAUUAAAUUCAGAUAAAACAACCACAACAACGACUGAAAAUUCUGCCAAAGAAAGUAUACCAAACGAAGGUAGUGGUAUUGUUAAAACCCAACUACCACCUGGAAAAGUGGUACGACGAAAAAAGCAGAACGGAAACGGGGAUUCUUCUGCAAAAACAAGAUCGAACAGCUCACAGAGAGCGUCGAUGCCGUCAAUGAAAUCAAUUGAUAUAACUAAAUCUAAUGAAAAAUUAGAUGUCCAUACUGGAAGUGAAACAGACUCAACGGAAAAACUAGAAGAUUUAUCCUCUAUUCCUGAUUGGGUAGUUGUCGGUGAAUCAGUUUUAAUUCGUCCAUAUAAUACAAGUGGUAUUAUCAGUUUUAUAGGUCAAACACAUUUUCAAAAUGGUAUUUGGAUCGGUGUAGAAUUAGAUACACCUACUGGCAAAAAUGAUGGUACUGUUCAAGGAAUUCCAUACUUUCAUUGUAAACCAAAACAUGGAAUAUUUGUUCGAUCAGAUAAAUUAAUAUUAGACAAAAGAGGAAAAGCAAUGAGGGCAUUCAAAGCUGAGAAAAUGAUAAAAUCAGCUGAUAGCAGCAACUUAUCACGUAGCCGAGGCGAAUCAAUAAAUGUUCUCGGUGCAACGCGCAAAUGAUUAUAUCCGAAUUGUUUACAUCAAAAUUCAUUAUCAUUAAACCAUAAUAAUAAUAAAUUGCCAAUAUCUGAUACAUUGUCACAAAAACAACGUAAACAAUAUUCACAUUGUCAUGGUCAACAACAACAGUUAUCAAAUCAUCAACA